GGCACCACAGGCUGAUAAGCGGCAGUGGGAAAAUACCGCACCGCACGCACCAAUGGAGAACGCCAACGCCUCCUCUUGCCGCAACGGCGACGGCACCCAGACGCCACCGCCGCACGUGGCGAUGCUUGCGACGCCCGGGAUGGGCCACCUGAUCCCGCUGGCGGAGCUGGCGAAGCGCCUGGCCCAGCGCCACGGCGUCACGUCCACGCUCAUCACGUUCGCGUCCACGGCGUCCGCCACGCAGCGCGCGUUCCUCGCCUCGAUGCCGCCCGCCGUCGCGUCCAUGGCGCUGCCGCCGGUGGACAUGUCCGACCUCCCGCGCGACGCCGCCAUCGAGACGCUCAUGUCCGAAGAGUGCGUGCGCGCCGUGCCGGCGCUCACCGAGGCGCUCCUGAGCCUCAAGCAGCGGCCCACCACGACCGGCCGUCUCGUGGCGUUCGUCACCGACCUCUUCGGCGCGGACGCGUUCGACGCGGCGCGCGCGGCGGGGGUCCAGCGGAGGUACCUCUUCUUCCCGACCAAUCUAACCGCGCUCACGCUGAUGCUCCACCUGCCGGAGCUCGACGCCUCGAUCCCCGGCGAGUUCCGGGACCUCGCCGAGCCGCUCCGCCUGCCCGGGUGCGUGCCGCUGCCGGGCACCGAGACCAUGAAGCCGCUGCAGGACAAGUCCAACCCCAGCUACAGAUGGAUGGUGCACCACGGCGCCAAGUUCCGCGAGGCAACCGCCAUCCUCGUCAACUCCUUCGACGCCGUCGAGCCGGGGCCCGCCGAGGUCCUGCGCCAGCCGGAGCCCGGGCGACCGCCGGUGCGCACCAUCGGCCCGCUCGUGCGCGCAGAGGACGGUGGAGGCAGCAAGGACGACGCGCCGUGCCCGUGCGUGGAGUGGCUGGACCGGCAGCCGGCCAAGUCGGUCAUCUUCGUGUCCUUCGGCUCCGGCGGCACGCUGCCCGCCGAGGAGAUGCGGGAGCUCGCACUAGGGCUGGAGCUCAGCGGGCAGCGGUUCCUGUGGGUAGUGCGGAGCCCCAGCGAGGGCGGCGUCGGCAACGACAACUACUACGACUCGGCGAGCAAGAAGGACCCCUUCUCCUACCUGCCCCAAGGGUUCCUGGAGCGGACCAAGGACGUCGGCCUCGUGGUGCCGUCGUGGGCGCCGCAGCCCAAGGUGCUGGCGCACCAGUCCACCGGCGGCUUCCUCACGCACUGCGGCUGGAACUCGACGCUGGAGAGCCUGGUGCACGGCGUGCCCAUGCUGGCGUGGCCGCUGUUCGCCGACCAGAGGCAGAACGCGGUGCUGCUGUGCGACGGGGUAGGGGCCGCGCUACGAGUGCCCGGGGCCAAGGGGAGGGAAGACAUCGCCGCGGUGGUGCGGGAGCUGAUGACCGCGGAGGGCAAGGGCGCCGCGGUGCGGGCCAAGGUGGAGGAGCUGCAGAAGGCCGCGGCCGAGGGCCUUCGCGACGGCGGCGCCACCGCGGCCGCACUGGCGGAGGUGGUCAAGGAGUGGACGAGUGCAGACGACAGCGUCUACUAAUCCUACACUACUACGCUAAACGCGAAUAGCCUAGUUAAUUAUUCAAAGCAUUUAUUAUGUCCAUUUUGCUAUUAUUGCGGGUGCAGUUAUUAUAAUAAAGUGCUCGUGUCAGAGUA